AUGGUUUUAUCCAUGUCUAACUCACAAGCUCAUCAGGAGGGUAAUUGGGGGGACGAAACGGUUCCAUACACAAUGGGUCUGGAGAUGAUGACAAAGUUACGCUUUUACUUCCACGAUAUUGUCGUCGGAGAUAACCCAACGGCUGUUAGGAUAGCGGAGGCACCAGGAACGAAUUCUUCUCCUACGUUUUUCGGGGCAUUGGUGAUGAUAGAUGAUCCAUUAACUGAAGGACCCGACAUAAACUCUAGACUGGUGGGUCGAGCUCAAGGUUUUUAUGGAUUAUCCGGAAUGAACGAAAUAUCUUUGAUUAUGGGAAUGAGUCUAGUUUUUACUGCCAAUCAGAAGUUCAACGGGUCUACUAUUAGUGUUUUUAGCCAAAAUCCUGUUACCCAUACAGAACGAGAAUUCGCAAUUGUUGGUGGUACAGGGUAUUUUCAGUUUGCUCGUGGGUUUAUAAGUGUUAGAACUUAUAACGGUACUGGUCCAAAUCCUAUCGUCGAGUAUAAUUGUACUAUCGUUCACCCAAGGAAAAUGUCGUUCUAUUAG